AUGGCUGUGAGGACCUCGGAGCCGGCCAUCGCCCAGACCGAGCUCAGGCCCCUGCGGCCCACGAGUCCCUCCCAGCUUCUCUCUGUGACUCUCCUUCGGCUCAGAGCUGUUCCCAACUACCAAGUAAACGACAUGGAUGUGGGAGCCUUGGAGGGCGGCGGGCGGAGCCGGACCUGCGGGCUCGGGGCUCACGGGCGCCCUCUGGUGGCUCCAGGGAAGAAUGACUGGACCGUGGGCGGCGCGGGAAACCCGGAGACCAGCAAGGAGCGCGGGCGGACGGCGGGCUCCACCCAGGCGCAGGGGAAGGAGCGGGCCGAGAAGUCGAGACCGACCCCGGCCCGGGUUUGCCAACCGCGGCGGGAGUCGCAGCCGGGGCCGGAGCAUCCCCAGCGGCGCCGGGCUGCAGGAUGCGAGCACUACGCAGGGCCGAGCGGAGCUGGGUGCGGCGGCCGGGGCACCCUGACUAGCAAGAAGAAGCGGAUGAACCGCAGCGUCCAGCUGGCCAAGAAGAUCGUCCCCAAGGAUGGCGCGGCCAUGAGGUCGGGGGUCACGGCGGGAAACCCCCUUGGGAAACCCCCGGAGAGCAGCUGGGGGGCGGAGAAGCGGGGUCACGGCGGGGCGCCACCAUUUAAGACACCUCCCUCGAGGCGCGUCCUCUCAGUGCAAAACGCCUCGCUGUCUGCGGCGGGGACCCGCGUGUGCGUGGGCUCCUGCGGGAACCUCACCUUCCAGCACAAGGUGCAGCUCCUGGUGUUCGCCUUCCCAGACCAGCUGAUUGUCUCUCCAGUGGCUCUGGUGGCCGGGCAGGACCGGGAGGUGGCCUGCACGGCCCACAACGUCACGCCCGCCGACCCCGACGCCCUCUCCUUGUCCCUGCUCCUGGGGGACCGGGAGCUGGAGGGGGUGCAGGCCCUGGACCACGAUUUGGGGGAGGAGCCCCAGGAGGGCGAGGGCCAGCUGUUCCGAGUGACGGAGCGCUGGCUGCUGCCCCCCCUGGGGACACCGGCCCCGCCCACUCUCCACUGCCAGGCGACCAUGAGGCUGCCGGGCUUGGAGCUGAACCACCGCCGGCCCAUUCCAGUCCUGCACAGCCUGACGUCCCAGGAGCCCCCUGUCACUACCUCCCCGGAAGCCACUCUGCAACAGGGCUCCAGCCACAGCCCCAGGAGUCCUGACCCCAAGCCCGGGAACAGCUCCAUCGUGCCCUGCCACCCCAAGAUCCGCCAGUCGCCAGCGCCAGCGGGUCUGGAGCUGCUGUGCGAGGCGGACUGUGGCCCAGGCGUGGCUGUGCGCUGGACCCGGGCCCCCGGCCAUCUGGAGGCCUAUGAGAGGCGGGAGACCAGGGCCCGAGCUCAGCUGAGCGUGCCGUGGGCCGGAUGCCACCCUGAGGGCUGGUUCCAGUGCCGCCUGGACCCAGGGGGGCAGACAGCCAGUCUGUACCUAGUCCCAGAAGUCUGCGGCCCCCCAACGUCCGAAGCCCUGUGGACUGGCAGCUUGGUGCUGGCACUGCUUCUUCUGGUAUUCCUCACCUACCACCUGUGGAAACGCUGCCGGCCUGCAGGCUGCCGGCCAGCUCCUCGGCCCCCCUGCUCUGCCUGCCCCAGACUGAGAGAGACUGGCGGUGGCCCCUCCUGAAGUGGCCUGCCUUUCCUUCCACUCAGUUUGCACGGUUCUGGACAGCGUGAGAGCUGAUCACGGGCCCUUCACACUGUUAGCCAAGCACAUCCAGGCUCUCCAGCCAGCUGGGAUUUUCCUCCGUGGGGACUCUGGGGAGCCACCCCCAGCUGGAGAAUAAAGAGCAUCUGGCCUGACCUCAGUGGUUCCUUUCGUGAUCCGAAGACCCGGGGAUCCUCUGGCCUGGGAGACUCUCAGAGAGACAGGAUGGACUGACACACCCCAGCCCCACUGGGCCAGGGCCGGGGGAGCUUGCCCUCUGCCUGGAGCGGAAGGAUACGCUGUGCCUUUCCCUGGGUGUGGAGACGCGGCAGUUUCAAGAAUAAGCAAGUGCCUUCAAAAGAAGCAGAGAACGUAUUUGGUGGUGGUGGGGGGGGACCGUAUGGACAAAGAUAUAGAAGAGAGGUGGCUUAUUAAGGGAGCUAA